AUGUGCGAGCAGCAGGCCAAGGACGCUAGCCUUCGCGCUGAGAAGGCUGAAGAAGAAGCCAGACAGCUCCAGAAGAAGAUCCAGACCAUUGAAAACGACCUUGACCAGACACAAGAGGCCCUCAUGCAGGUCAACGCCAAGCUGGAAGAGAAGGAGAAGGCACUACAGAACGCUGAAUCCGAAGUCGCUGCUCUUAACCGACGCAUCCAGCUUCUCGAAGAAGACUUGGAAAGGUCUGAGGAACGUCUCGCCACCGCCACCGCUAAGCUCGCGGAGGCUAGCCAGGCUGCCGAUGAAUCGGAACGCGCAAGGAAGGUUCUGGAGAACAGGUCCUUGGCAGACGAAGAACGUAUGGAUGCCUUGGAGAACCAGCUCAAGGAAGCCAGGUUCCUCGCUGAGGAAGCCGACAAGAAAUACGAUGAGGUGGCCCGUAAGCUGGCCAUGUAUGAAGCUGACUUGGAGCGUGCGGAAGAACGUGCCGAAUCCGGCGAAUCCAAAAUCGUCGAGCUUGAGGAGGAACUCCGCGUUGUCGGUAACAACCUGAAAUCCCUGGAAGUCUCUGAAGAGAAGGCCAACCAACGUGAGGAGGAGUACAAAAACCAAAUCAAAACCCUCACCACCCGCCUAAAGGAGGCUGAAGCUCGCGCUGAAUUUGCAGAGCGCUCUGUCCAGAAACUCCAGAAGGAGGUCGACAGGCUUGAAGAUGACCUGAUCAACGCAAAGGAGCAGUUCAAUGACAUCGGCGACGACAUCGAUGACACAGUCGUGGAGUUAAUCCCCGGCGUCGAGCCGACGGAGAAACAGAUAGAAAAUGCGAAGAGAGCUCUAGAGAAAAAAAUGAACGCCCCCGCACCACCACCGCCCAAGGAACAUUCCCCCCCUCCCCCACCUCCACCAAAGGAACCCACGCCUCCUCCACCCCCACCAAAGGAACCCACCCCUCCACCACCCCCACCAAAGGAGCCCACCCCUCCCCCACCACCGGCACCGGAACCGGCACAGGGUGACUCGGCCCCUGCGGCUGAACCUGCACCCGAACCCGCUGAA